AUGGCUGACCCAAAUUCAGAGCAAAACCCCAUCUCAAAAAUGGCGGCCGAAACCCAAACCCAACAACAGGUAGCAACGCAGCAAACCAUCCCGCUCCCAACGCAGGAACAACAAGUGGCACAAGGACAUUAUGGCACCGGACCAGGCCAGGUGCCACCGCGCGCUGAGGGGUACAGACCGGCUGCGAUAAGGGAGAGCAGGAUCAAGGAUCGCCCUUAUAAACCGAUGAAUGAUAGUUUGAGCAUCAAAAUUGAGUUAGAUUUGGAAGUUGAGGUUGAUCUUUAUGCGAGAGUCAAGGGUGAUGUUAUGAUUGGGUUGUUGUGA